UCAUGUCUCAUUAAUCUGUAACUACUGGGUAGUCCUGCAACUCCAAUCUGUUAGCCAGAGGACUUGGCAUUAGCUUCUCAAUUUCCUAAAAGGAAUUUCAAGUUAGGGUUCUUGGAAUUGGAGCAUUAGCGUAGAGCCGUAGAUGGUGUUGCAGUGCUGUAACGGUUGACUCCUCUUGCAGAGUGCAGAUGUAACAUGGUAGAAAAUGUAUAUGGAAUGGCAUCCAUUAACAUCUUAGAGUAUGGAGAAGUAUAUACAAAGCUUCAUCAACCAGCGGUCAUCUUAGGAGGAUGCUUUGUCCUGGUUGCGUUGGUACUCUCCAUCCAUCUGAUUUUCCAGCAUCUUCGAUCUUACACCAACCCAGAGGAACAGAAAUGGAUGGUGGCGGUUAUUUUCAUGGUUCCUGUCUAUGCAAGCGAGUCUAUAAUAUCCUUGUGGAACCCGAGAUUUUCCAUUGCAUGUGAUAUCCUGAGGAACUGCUAUGAAUCGUUUGCUUUGUAUGCUUUCGGAAGAUAUUUGGUUGCCUGCCUUGGUGGCGAAGAAAGAGUCAUGGAACUACUAGAAUGUGAAUCAAGAAAACAACUCUCCAAACCAUCAGUGAAGGAAGACAAGCCAUUGCUAGAACAAGCAGCACAUAAGAGAUCAUUUCUCAACUUUUUCCUCCAGCCAAGUGCACUUGGAAAAGACUUGUACAGAACAGUGAAAUUUGGUCUUGUACAAUACAUGAUUCUGAAGACUCUUUGUGCAUUCCUUGCCUUCUUGUUGGAACUCUUUGGCGUUUAUGGUGAUGGAGAAUUCAUGUGGUACUAUGGGUACCCAUAUAUAGCAGCAGUGCUGAACUUCAGUCAGAUGUGGGCUUUAUAUUGUCUCGUGCAGUUCUACAAUGUGACUCAUCAGAGACUACAACCAAUACAACCACUUGCAAAGUUCAUCAGCUUCAAGGCCAUCGUAUUUGCAACUUGGUGGCAAGGUGUUGGUAUCGCAAUAUUGUGCGCACUUGGCGUUUUACCUAAUGACUGGAAAUUUCGAAAUGGAUUACAGGAUUUUCUCAUCUGCAUAGAAAUGGCUAUUGCAGCUGUUGCCCAUGUGUUCGUCUUCUUGGCAGAACCUUACCGCUUGCUGCCUAUUUCUGAACACGGGAAGGUCUCCAGCAAAGAAACCAGAGCCAUACUAAAGCUGGAAGAGGGUGGUAAGGAGGAACCAGCUUUCAUUGAAAGAACUGAAACUCAUGUUGAGACUCCCAAGACAAGUGUCAGUAAGAGUGUUCAAGACAUUGUUGUUGGAGGCGGCGAACAUGUUAUGAAGGAUGUUGUAUUGAUCAUUAAUCAAGCGAUGGAACCUGUGGAGAAAGGCGUAACGAAGAUACAAGAUAAGAUCCAUCUUGUCUCAAUGGGAUCCGAUAGCUCCAAUAGCAAGGAGCAAGAUUCAAAGGCCGAAGUUGAAUAUGUUGAUGAAAACAUCACCGAUGGCAAGGAACAAGGUUCAAAGACAGAAGUUGAAUAUGUUAAGGAAAACAUCACCGAAAGUGGGUCUCAAGUGGACAAAAGGACGCCAGACCAAAUUGAAUGUGCCUGGAUAAUUGGUUUUAGAGAUAAAAUGCAAGUCCCACCAGAGGGGUUCUUUUAGUUGUAGAGCAUCUCUUCUAAGCACCCAACUACAUGUUUAGAAACUCUGAUUCUUGUUUAUGUAUGCACUAGCGACCAUGCAGGUGCAAAUACAUGUGAUUACCAUCCUGUUUUCAAGUCUGGAACUGGCUCGAUGGUGUCGAAAUUGUUAACAAGCCAAGGUGAAAUCAUUUUUUGACAGAAA